AUAGGCGCUAGCCCCUCAAUCACUUGUAUAGACCCGUCACUGAACAACCACGACUGCUCAUGCACGUGCACAAACGGCAUCACAUUCAAGCAGCUCGUCCCCUCACCGAUUAGAGCCAAUGUAACCGCCUGUCCUUCGCUAGACGAGUACUAG